GCCUUCUUCUCCCUUCCCGGUUCCGGGCGAGGGAGGCGCACUACGCCGGCCCGGAGGAGGAGCAGCGGAGCCGGGCCUAGUCGGUUGCCAUGGUUACCGCCGUCCCCAGGGAGGCGAGGCGCCUGCGCGCCUUCCACUAGGCCUCUCCGCCCGCCUUUCGUUUACGCGGCUUCGGUGCCAUCGGCAGCGGCCCUUCUUCGCCUUCCUGCCGCCAUGGGCGAGCGGGACCCGGCCUUUGUGCUCGGUGAUUUGGCCGAGGUGGAGGCGCUGGCCGAGGAGGUGAUGGCUGGGAGGCAGCAGAUUGUGGAUCUGGAUCAGAAACGAAAUCAGAACCGGGAGGCACUGAGGGCUCUGAGCAAUGAGAUAGACUCUUCAGAUAAAGUCAUGGUUUGCUUUGGGAACAUGUUUGUGCAGUUUCCAAAAACAAAGACCAAGGACAUGCUGCAGAGAGAUCAAGAACUCCUAGAUGAAGAAAUAGCCAAGUUGCGGAAAGAGCUAAAAGUGAAGGUCAACCAUCUUUUGGAAGCUCAAGGUAAGCCGGAGCUGAAAGGCUACAACCUGAAACCCUUGAGCUCUGAAGAAAUGUGGUUCAUGAGAAAGGUGGUGGAUGCGUAAAGCGCCAUCCUUGUGUGGAUUUUGCCGUUUCUGCCUGCACAGAAAACUCUUUUGAGAAUUGCUCACUCUUCAAAAGGCAGCUUUGGUCGCAGACACAUGUGCCUCAAGCAGGGUGUUUCUGAGCUAUUGAGGAUCUGAUUACUGGCAUCUUUUGCGGGAGAAGUUCGGGUUUGGAUGGAGCAAAAUGCCCAAGCUGAUUUCUUUCUGCAAUUUUUACAAUCUGCCUCAAGUACUAGUAUUAAAACCUGAGGUGUAAGAGGUUGCAAUUUUGUCAUUGUAAGAUGCGCUGUUGACUUCAGAGUGCUGGAAAUGAAGUGGUAGGAACAGAACUGAGAUUCCACUAUCUUCCAGGACAUGCAGUUAAAAUGCACAUGUCUUUGUGAUACUAAAUUGUACACUCAAAUCCAAAAUGUGUGCAGCUGGUGGUGAGCAAUAGAAAGUAUUCUCUUGUCCACCUUGCUUGUGUUAAUAUUCUUUGUCUAAACUCAGCAAUGCUCGUGUGUUAAAACUCUGGGCGUAGAGCCCAGAAAGCCAUAACUGCCCCAUUUGCCCAAGUCUGUCUUGCUGUGCUGUGAAGAGUGUUGCAGGCCAGGUAUGUAAAAACCCCAAAUGGCACAGCUGGGAAUGCUUACCUGAUCCCUCAGUUCUGGCCAAACAGCUGGUACUUCUGCACAGGUUCCUCCAGCUUCAAAUUGCACAUACUGUAUGUAAUUGUAGAGUCUGGUAACUUAUGUUAAGAUAAUAAUUCCUGGGUAUCCUAGUUUUGCCAUAUCCCUGUAGAGAAACUUUGCCAGAGCCAUCAAAGAAUGCCUGUACACAUUAAAUUACUUGGUGUUUCAGAGAAAGGUAGGAAGCCUAAAAUCCCACCUCACAAAGUUGGGAGCUCUUUGUCCCUUUCAGCCUGUACUUUAGACCAGUAGGUGGCAUGCUUCUCCAUUCCCUGUUUUCCAGUAGAGCUUCAGACUAUGUUAAAUGACCGUUAUCAACCAGCAAUACCUGUUUUGACGCAGGUUUUUAUUUUGGUCUUCCUGUGGGGGCUUAGGGUUAACUAGGGAUUAUGGAAGAGUUUCUGUGAAGGCAUUUGAAUCCUGGCCUGGGCAUCAAGUUACUGUUACGUAAAUUUUGUAUAAAUGAGCAGAGAUCGUCAA